GACGGAUUGGCCGCAUGACACACAGACACACAUUUGUGGACGCACACCAAGGGGAGGUUGCUGUGUCUGGGGAGGGACCAGACAGCAGCAGGCUCUGGGUAUAAAACCUUGCCACGAUGAGGCCAGCGUCCUGCCCUGAGCUGGAGAGUACCCACUUCCUCUGUGACUGCAGGACACCGUAAAAGCGGCAGCAGACCUGAACGACCUCCGCAGCCUCCGACAAUGAACGACAUCUACAAGGCAGCGGUUGAGCAGCUGACAGAUGAGCAGAAAAAUGAGUUCAAGGCCGCCUUUGACAUCUUCGUUCAGGAUGCGGAAGAUGGCUGUAUCAGCACCAAGGAGCUGGGGAAGGUGAUGAGGAUGCUGGGCCAGAACCCCACACCGGAGGAGCUGCAGGAGAUGAUCGAUGAAGUGGAUGAAGAUGGGAGUGGCACAGUGGACUUUGAUGAGUUCCUGGUCAUGAUGGUGAGGUGCAUGAAGGAUGACAGCAAAGGAAAGUCUGAAGAGGAACUGGCGGAGUUGUUUCGCAUGUUUGACAAGAAUGCAGACGGUUACAUCGAUUUGGACGAACUGAAAAUGAUGCUAGAAUCAACAGGAGAAGAAAUUACUGAGGACGACAUUGAGGAACUAAUGAAAGACGGGGACAAGAACAACGAUGGCAAAAUUGAUUACGACGAGUUCUUGGAGUUCAUGAAAGGAGUGGAGUAAUCCUGCACACCAGAACAUUAUUUUUGUAUUCCUCCAUCACAUCUGGAAAACUGGAAGCUGACUUGGAAUGGAGCUCCGAUCGACUUUGCAAGACCGUUUCUGUUGGAUUUUUUUUUCUACCACCUCCUCUUGCAUUGUUGUAAAUACAAUUUCUAUUGAUUGUAUACUGAAUUUGUGUAAAUGUAUUCCAUUUGUCAGUCUUGUUUUCCCUUGGAAGUUCAGUUUACAGGUAUAUUUUCACCAUGGGGUUGUGUAUAACUGUACAUGUACACAAAGCAGAAUCCAUCCAUGAGUCAACCCAAUGACUGUAUAAGACCAAUUACCAAGUUCAGUAUAUGUUGUGAUGCACAUUGCAAACACUUUUGUAUGUUUGAGACACCCUCAGGACUUUUUAUUCCCCUUGAUCACCCUGGAAAGCAUGCAUUUUGUGCUUGGAAUGUGUACUCAAGAAAUAAACAAGAGGCAUUUGUUGGAGCCCUCAUUCCUUUUGAUUCACUACUUUAAACUGUUGAUACUAUCAGCUGAAAUUGAGAUAUGGAUUCAUAUUUGCAUUGGGUUUUUUUCUGGC